UUGAUCCUACCUACGAUCGCUCACGCGCAUGCGCACGUAUGAUUCAGCCCUUCGUUCGUAGGACGCGGCGGGAGUUUGCUUAGGUUGGAAGAUUUGAUUUGCAGGGCUUCGGCGGGUAAAAGAGGUGCUGAGGCGAGGCAUGGUGCGGCACCCAGGUAGUCUAGGAGUCUAGCGCUGCCUAUUAGUAUUCUACCAUUUGCUGGCAUAUCGACCGCACCCAACCACAACAUGGAAGUGCAGCUUGGACCAACCAACCGAGUUGGAGUGGAUUCGUCUGCCGCCGCGGACCCGCGCUAUCACGACCCCUACGACUUACAUCAUCGUAUUCAUAGUAAUCCUCACGCUCAUGCGGAUCGUCCUGGCUAUGGCUCUCCUGCGACCAUGUCCCGGACGCGCAAAAGGAAAGCUGAAUCACAGGAUAACCAACGACUGUCCAAGAGGCUGAGUCUGCUCAACUUGGAGAGAAAUGGCCCCAAAUUAUAUGUUCCAGUGGAAACCCCCAGUCUCAAUGCACUCCCCGAACACCCUGUGCAGGAUAAUCUCGCCCAGGGCUCUGCAUCACCCGUUACCGCCAAUGACGGGAUGCAGUUAGACGAUACCAAACAUAAGGUGUAUAUUUACGACCUCGAUGCUGAGCUCUCGUCUGCUGAUGAGAAUAGCGAAAGCGAGUCAUCUCUGCCUGGCUCACCCACAUCCGGCCGCGGUCGUCUUGUUUUCUUGCCCGAUAUCGAGAAACAUCUUAGUCGGUCCCGGAUCCCUCAUGCAGUCUUUGCGAAUAAGGAGGGCGAUCUAGCGGGCCAUAAUAUUAAUGACAUGCAGAUGGUGCUUUACAGCGAGCCCUCUUCAUUGACUGUCCCACGCGAACACGACUCGGUCCGCAAGGCUAUAUUAGAAGCCCGAGCGCGUGCCAGGCAGCGGCAAAAAGACGGCCAGAGUGAAGCAAAACGAGAACCUUUGGAGCCAAAUAUGGUUAUUCCCGUAGUCCCUUCCUCGACCCCUGACAUGCGGAACUUCAGCUCCAACAACGUCGACAUGGCCAUAGAUAACCCCAGUGGCCACCAUCUUUCUCGGAGCACAACGCCCUGGCACGAUGGUUUAGCCGUGGACGACGACGUGGAUGCGAUGGACAUGGAUUGAAGCAAUCAGGUACUGAGCCACCAGCCCGCCAUUGGUUCCAUUGUUGAAUCCACGUCCUGGUCGUAGGAAUAGGUAUACAGCUCAGGCUCUCUUCUAUAUAGGAUAGGUGCAAACACGGCGUCGGGAUUUACAGCGAGUGACUCGGAGUGAAAUGUUGGUUUGGUUUGGAUAGCCUGCUGUAUUUUAAGUUUCCUCCUUUUACCAAUGGCUGUCUUACUAUUAGAAGUUGUAAACAGCGAAACCAAUGCGUUUUUCUUCUU